AAAAACAAACAAACAAAGGCAUAACAAUUAGUGUCACUAAGUCUACAGAUGUAUGUAAAGUCACAAUGUUUCAUGAAACAUCCAGGGCACAAAUCAAUAAUUUAAGGAUUUCAGACCAUCUAACAUUAUAUUUCUCUCACGUAAAAAGAUAGAUACUGUGUAACUACAAGGCAGGAUAGCUGCUGUACAAUAAUUCUGUUUCUUUACAGUACAUCAUGUAAAAUUCCCCUAUUUAAAUGUACAGAAUACUGUACUUUAUUUACUUCUAAAAAAAUCCAAGCAUAUUAGUUUAUUCAAAGCCAGAAUUGUUUGGCUUUCCUAAAAGUAAAACAGUGAAGAGACACAAACACUGGAACAGCCAGUUACUACUCUGAAGUGUGUCAACAAUCCCCAUAAUUGGCCCCACAUGCAGCAACAAGUUAUCAGGCGUAACAGGAAGGCUGUUCAUCAAAGUUAAACGCGUAACCAUCAAGCCUGCAUGAUGAAAUCAGACUCAAAAGACCAAAACCAGGAAGCAGAAGUAGGUGGUGAAACGACCAAACAGAGAAUUAGCUGUCAAGCAUAAAUUUAACUGACAGCCCUCUGAGAAAUCGACAUUUGGAUCGAGACACUUAAAUAAUCAGAUCUGAAUCACCACAUAUCUUCUGAGAGCCUGAACACAGGGAGCAGGAAAACUUUGAUGCCCGGACAUGUUAGACGGGCACAAGACACACACAGGUAAGAGAGGUAACAGCAUCAAAAUCUGCAGCAAUGAAUUCUACACUGCGAUUAUGGAUGAAGACUUGAGACGCAUUGAAGGCCUGUCAAAGAAGUACGGCAACAAGUGUCUUAUUGAGAAACAAGGUGGUGCAUCUGGGGACGUUUUCUGGAAGGGCUUCACUAUCCUUCCGCUUCAUCUGGCUGCCUCUUACAGAAGAGUUCACAGCAUGCAGAGUCUGCUGUCAGCUGGGGCAGACAUUGAAAUGAGGGACCAGCUCGGUCGAACCCCACUGCACUUGGUGAUAAUCGGAUGGCCGAGGAUCCUGACUACUUGGCCGAAACCAGAUUCCAAAUUCCAGACUGCUGUGAUGGGCAUGUGUAGGCAGGCGGAGGAUUGUGUAAGGCUUCUCUGUGAGCACGGAGUAAACAUCAAUGCAGAGGUAGAGGGAGAAAGUCACCAAACAGCUCUCCACUUGUCAGUACGCUACAAGGCUCUGUCUGCUGUCCAGAUUCUAGCUAGCUAUGGUGCUAAUGUUAAUGCUGUGGACAGCAGUGGGAUGACACCGCUGCAUAUGGCUGCAGGGAUCCUCCAUAAGGAUAUAGUAGCCAGUUUGAUCAGGCAGGGAGCAGACAUUAACAUGGGGGUGCAGCAGUCUGGGAACACUCCUUUGCACUUAGCUGUCAUAGCAUUGGCUACCAAGUCCACAAAAACCCUUGAAGAUGGCAUUAGCUGCAUCAUUGAGCUGCUUGAGUCAGGGGCCGAGCCCAACGCAGUAAACAAGGCUGGAACGACACCUCUGCAGGAUGCAUGCAGCAUGGGCAACGAGGAGCUGGUGGACCUGCUGCUGAGGUACGGAGCAAACAUCAACAAACUAAGCAAAGCUGGAGAGAACUGUCUCUUCCUGUUCCUGAACCACCUGCCUAAUGUGAGGAACAGCUCUCUGUUGCUGAAACUCCUCAGCCUGACUUCUCCGCUCACCAUCUACAACCAAAACGGACGCCUGCCCUCAACUCUGACACAACCUUGUUUUGUUAAACAGAGAGAGCAACUACUGACAGUUAUUCAGCAGCCAAGGAGACUUCACGAUAUUUGUAAGAGUGCCAUUUUUCUGAAACAUGUCCACGGCAGGACAGAAGAAUUGAAAAGAGUCAUGCCUGAGAGGUUGUAUGAUUUUGUCUUCAACCACUGGGAGAACACACACAACAUCUCCUUUGAUACCGACAGCGAACAGGACGUUUUAAAUCACGUAUUUGAUAUUAUUCCUAGUUGACAUUUGUGUGUUAAUUCAUAAGCUCAACCCUACAGACAUAUCCUGAUCAAAUAAAAUCAAUAAACCUAC